AUGGUGUCGGCGUAUAAGUACUUGGGUGUCACACUGGACAACAAACUGGACUGGUCCACUAACUCAGAGGCCAUCUACAAGAAGGGCCUGAGCCGGCUUUACUUCCUGAGGAGGCUCAGUAUCGGACUAUGGAAGGUGGUGGCGAAGUUCACAAGCAACCCACAGCAGAGCUACUCUGCAGGGUUUGAGGUCAAAGAAUAUGUGCUGCCCAGUUUUGAGGUGAAACUGAUAUCAGGGAGCCCUUUCUUCUAUGUGGACAGUGAAGAGCUCUCAGUGGACAUCAAAGCUACAUAUCUAUUUGGUGAAGAGGUGAAUGGUAUGGCCUACGUGUUGUUUGGGGUUAUACAAGAGGGCAAAAAGAAUAGCUUUCCAAGUUCUCAACAGAAUGUGCAGGUCGAGAGAGGUGAAGGAAAGGUCACACUGAAGAGAGAGCACAUCACAACGUCUGUCACAAACAUCCAAGACCUGGUGGGGAGUUCCAUAUUUGUAGCUGUCAGAGUGCUGACAGACAGCGGUAGUGAAAUGGUGGAGGCAGAGUUGAAAGGUAUCCAGAUUGUAACAUCACCGUACAGCAUCCACUUCAAGAAAACACCCAAAUAUUACAAACCAGGAAUGUCCUUUGAUGUUACGGUUGAAGUUCUGAAUCCUGAUGGCACUCCUGCAGAAGGUAUUGCAGUGGUAGUCAAUCACCAGGAGCGGGGCCGCACUGAAGCCAAUGGCAUUGCAAGACUUACCAUCAAUACAAAGGGGAACACUGGCACAAUGAUAAUCACUGCAAAUACCACUGAUGACCAUAUUGCACCUGAAAGACAAGCAUCAGCCAACAUGGUAGCUGUCCCAUAUUUCACCAAAAGCAACAAGUACAUCCACAUAGGUGUGGAUGGAGCAGAGGUGAAAUUGGGACAAAGACAGAAAGUCAACUUCUACAUCCACCCGAUGGAAGAUACAUCAACUGACAUGACAUACCUGAUCUUGAGUAGAGGCCAGCUGGUGGAAUAUGGCCGUUACAAGACAGAAGCACUGAUUUCCAGGAUUGUUACCAUUACCAAAGAAAUGCUGCAGCACGGCGGCUCAGUGGUGUCACAGCAGAAGGUUCUGCUUUUGAACCUUGGCAUCAUCCCAGGACCUUUCUGUGUGGAGCUUGCAGGUUCUCCCUGUGUUAGCGAACCACAAGGAGACAAUGAAGCUGUAAGCUCAUCGACAACAAGUGUGAACCCGUCGUGGCGUCACCCAUUGGUUGUGGAGUACCGCUUUACCAUUUGGCAUUAUGGUUGCCCUUUCCUUGGAGUCAGCAGCGGUGAUGUACUUCUGUCAAACCCACAUGCUUCAACAAGUUCAUCAUCACUCCAGUGUCCAAGAAAACAACCAGGCUGCCUGAAUGGCUAUUGUCCAGUGACACUCACCUCGGACACACCUCAUCCACCUGUUUUGAGUCCUCUGCUGUACUGCCUGUACACACACGACUGUGUAGCCACUUUUGACUCCAACACCAUCGUCAAGUUUGUUGUUGACAGAGCUGUGGUGGCCUAUCUGAAGGAAGUAAAGGGCCUGACCCACUGGUACCAAGACAACAACCUCCUGAACAUCAUCAGGACUAAAGAGCAAAUAGUGGACUUUGGGAAGAAUCAGGGGGCAUCAUCGAGGGCAUGA